GUCUGCUAUGUGUCUGUAGAAGUGAGAUUAUGGUUUUAUUUAUAUCUAUGGAUUAAAUUAUUAAAGAUACUUGCUUAGAGAACAAUUUUGUGCAGAGAUUGACAAAGUAAAGUGAACAUUGUAAUUUUGGCUAUUUUAACGUUGUUGUGCCUGCUUCCCAUUUUCUGGUUCCAAGACACAUGUUUAAAACAUCCUAGACCUGGAGUGUAUGAACUUUCUUUUAUGCUUUAACGUAUUAAAAUAAACAUUUUUAAAGAUUUGAAUCAAAAUUACAAAAUGGCUUACCAUGAUAACUUACGUACAAUUCCAUUAACUGGAACAGCAUCUGAAUCUGAGGAAGAUGGAGAAAUUGUUAAGGAUAUAGAUAUGAAAGAGUUACCUACUAUUAAUGAAGAAGACCAUGAGAGUGAAAGCUCUAAGGAUGAAGGAGAUGAUUCUUUAGACAUUAAACCUCCUCAGGCAUCUAUUAAAUCACGGGACACUCGUCGUGAUGACAGAAAGAAAAGUAGACAUUCGAGGAAACAUGAUUCAAGAAGAAGGGAUCACCAUCGAAGUCAUGAUAGAAAUUCUCGCCGUGAGGGCCGAACUUGGCAAACAGAGCCUGGACGAAAAGAUAGAGAUGCUGAUAAUCGCACUGUAAGAUAUAGGGAUGAUGGAUCUAGAUCAAAGGAACGAGACUAUCGAAAAAAUAUGGAUGUUCGAGAUUUAUCGGAUAUCCGUGACAUUCGGGAAAUUAGGGUGAAAAAGGAUGUCCGUGAUUCUAGGGAUAGAUCUAGUGACAAAAGCAAGGAUGAAAGACACCUUGAAAGACUAGAAGAGAAAAAAAUGGAAUGGAGGAAAAAGAGAUUACUCUUCAUUGAAAAACAAAGAGAACAAGAUAGAGAACCUAUGGAUAGGUCUUGGGCUUACAGAGAAGAUAGCCAGUCUUCUGGCAGAGACUUGAGAGAAAAAUUACGGGAAAAAGAACGCAUACAGCAAGAGAAAGAACGGAGAUUAGAAAGAUUUCGUACAUCUCCGAAAGAACAAGAUGAAAUUCCUUCUGAAAAUAUAGAAAAGGAUAAAAAAGCUCUCCCACUUGCAUUUAUGGAAGAAGAACCUAUGGAUUAUGAAGAAGACAAAGAAGUAGAGGAAGAAGAGGAGAGUGAUCAACAAAGUGAAGAAAAGGAAGAAGAAAAUGAAAAAGAUGAUACUGAAAGUGAUACAGAAAGCAGUGGAAGUGAUACUGAAGGUUCCAGUCAUAAUUCGAAAGGAGAAGAAGAAGAGGAAGAGGAGGAGGAAGAAGCUGCAGUAGAAGAAACUUCUGAAGAAGAGGGUGAAGUUAAAAAGGAGGCAGAACCAGAGAAGAGUACAUCCCCUGUGAAAGAAGAAGUUCCUACUCCAGCUCCUGAACCUGCCCCUUACAAACCAGCAAUACAAGGUUGUCGAAGUGUAGAAGAGUUCCAUUGUUUGAACAGGAUUGAGGAAGGAACAUAUGGAGUUGUUUAUAGAGCUAGAGAUAAGAGAACAGAUGAAAUUGUUGCUCUAAAACGUUUGAAAAUGGAAAAGGAGAAGGAAGGUUUUCCUAUAACAUCUCUGAGAGAAAUAAAUACUUUAUUAAAAGCACAGCAUCCUAAUAUUGUAACAGUGCGAGAAAUUGUUGUUGGAAGUAAUAUGGAUAAAAUAUAUAUAGUGAUGGAUUACGUUGAACAUGAUUUAAAAAGUUUAAUGGAAACUAUGAAGCAGCCAUUUUUAGUGGGAGAAGUGAAAACUCUAAUGUUGCAGUUACUGUGUGCUGUUGCUCAUCUGCAUGAUAAUUGGAUAUUGCAUAGAGAUCUGAAGACUUCCAAUUUAUUAUUGAGUCAUAAAGGUGUUUUAAAGGUUGGAGAUUUUGGUUUAGCUCGUGAAUAUGGCUCCCCUCUUAAACCUUAUACUCCUGUUGUUGUGACACUCUGGUAUAGAGCGCCUGAAUUAUUACUUGGUGCAAAACAAUAUUCAACACCAAUUGAUAUGUGGUCAGUGGGUUGUAUAUUUGGGGAACUACUUACAAUGAAGCCUCUUUUCCCUGGAAAAUCCGAAAUUGAUCAACUUAAUAGGAUUUUCAAAGACUUGGGAACACCCAGUGAGAAAAUAUGGCAUGGCUACAGUGAAUUGCCAUUAGUUAAAAAAGUAACAUUCACUGAAUAUCCAUACAACAAUUUAAGAAGUCGUUUUGGUCAUAACUUCACAGAUUUAGGAUUCGACCUUUUGAAUAGAUUUUUAACAUACAAUCCAUCAAGGAGAAUUACAGCUGAAGAUGCAAGUAAACAUGAAUUCUUUAAUGAGAAACCAAAACCUGUUUCACCGAACAUGUUUCCCACAUGGCCUGCCAAGAGUGAGCAGGGCCAUCGUAAAGCGCAGAGCAGUCCUAAACCACCUUCAGGUGGUAAACAGUAUGCCAGACAAAUGGGAGAAGCAGAUGAUGAAGGAUUGAUGGCCGCUGCUGGUUUUCAUAUGGCUGGAGCCCAGGAAGGACAUUCAGCUAAAGGAGCUGGUUUCAGUUUGAAGUUUUAGAACAUUAAUCUAUGUACAUAUUACCACUUAUGUAAAUAAAUAUUAUUUUGCAUAUUUAGUUCCAAUUAAGGCACUGAAAGAAAUCA